GUGCGUCAGAGCCGCUAUUCUCAUCCAGGGACACGCAACCAGAUCCGGAGUAGAGUCCACGGGCGAGAGGCGUUCGCAUUGGCUGUGUGUGGGCAGCAUUCAUUCUUUUUUGCGGGCAUUUCCAUUCUUUCCACAAGACUGUUUUUUUUAUCUGCGAUAAAGGAGCUCACUUCACGCCGAGAAAUGCAUCCAGCAACUGCCAAGUGGUACGACAGAAGGGACUCAGUUUUUAUAGAGUUCUGUGUAGCAGACAGCAAAGAUGUUAAAGUCAAUUUUGAUAAAACAAAGUGUGGUUUCAGCUGUCUUGGAGGAACUGACAAUGUCAAACAUGAGAAUGAAAUAGACCUCUUUGAAGCAAUUGAUGAAAACGAGUCCAAACAUAAACGCACAGAUCGCUCAGUGUUGUGCUAUCUACGAAAAGCACAGCCAGGGAAGGCGUGGCCGAGGCUAACGAAAGAGAAAGCUAAGCUGAGUUGGCUCAGUGUCGACUUCAACAACUGGAAAGACUGGGAGGACGACUCAGAUGAGGAGAUAGGCAACUUCGAUCAAUUCUCAGAUAUGAUGAACAACAUGGGAGGUGAGGACGACCUACCUGAUCUAGAUGGUGCAGAUGACGAUGACUCUGCAGACAGCGAUGAUGAGAAAAUGCCAGAUUUGGAGUAGAAGACCACACGACUCUGGAAAGAAAAUGGAAGAACAGAGGGCAAGAAGAAUCUUAACAAAUGUAUAUCUUGAAAUUGAAGGCAGUGACAAACAACUGUACAUAUGAGUCAGUAGCCAUAUUUAAAUCCAUAGCCUCAGCUCCAAACUCUUGACCAAUCAGUCCACUGAAGGUUGAUAUGCAUGGUAUUGUACAGAGCAGCUAUCUCCACUUCCAUUUGCUGUACUGCACCUUUUGGGUAUCUCGUUUUAUUGUUGAAUAUUACAACUAAGCACACCUUUAUUUGUUGGAAAAACUGUAUAGUUGUCCUCAACAGAGCAAUACGUGUUAAGAGAUUUGCAGUUUGUUUUCAAAUUAACUGUGAUUUACAGAUGAUUAGGCCCACUCGUUCCCAAUGUUGUGGUUUAAGUUGGUCAACCAGUGUAGUUUAUCUCAUGAUUUAAGAAAAGAAUUGGGUGCAUAUACUGAUUGGGUUUCUCUAAAGCCUUCCAUGUGCUGUGAAUUAGAUAUCCAGGAAGCCAGUCUUUUGUUUCAGUAGCUCCAGCUUAAGUUUCCCUCUACUUCUUGUUUAAUGUUUGUAAAAUUGGAAUAAUCUCAACUCUUUGCCGAACUAUUUGCAUCUUCCCGGUGAUCACCUACUGUACUUUGUUCAUCUGAAUGAAUUCCACGCAUUUACUUUCUCUCUUCAUACCCACCUAACAUGCACACUUGUGUUAGACUGCAGAGGCAAGGUGAAAUGUUUCGCAGCUGAUAAAGAGGUUUGGAAGUUUCGUCGGGCCUCAACAUCACGUGGUUUGUUGCUAUUCUCCAGGUUCUUUCCGUUUGUUCAUCUAGAGUAGAACGAGGAAGGGUUAGAAUGAUACGGCGACGUGUAAUGACCAAAUUAUAUUUGCACUGUCAAUAAAAUGUAAGGGGAGACAAGUGAUGUUCAAUUACAGUGGAAAUUCUUUUUUUUAUUGUCUACAUCUUUCUAAUAAACUGUUUAAGAUCA